GUGAUUGCUGGUCACUUCUCAUGCAGAGCGCGUCUGCGGAUAACAGCUACCGUCGGGCUCUCUGCGUCCUUCACACUUUUCCUGCGUGAGGACAGUCACGCUGAAACACAUACACAAACAUACACACACAAACACACACACAAAGAGAGAAAAGGCUAAUCAUUAUCUUUUGCUCGUUUGUUUUGCGGACAAUUCCUCGAGGUCUGAUGAGGAUCGAAUAUCUGAUGAAAAGUCAGCGCUUCCGCCUGAUAGCGCGCUGUAAGGAGGCAUCAGGAAACUGAAAAGGGGAAGUCAACGUGUUCUGAAUACAAAAGAGGACAACUAUUGACACGUUUAGUCAUCAGUCUGUCGUGCGCCUGGACAAAGCUUUAAGGACAUCGGUGUGGAGGAUUCAGCUUUAAAUCGGUCUAUUAUUUUGUGAGUCCUCCACAGAUGCUUAUUUACUAUACAAGCAUCCUCAUCUUAUUUUUUUGCUCCAUCCCGGAGGUGAAAACUGGCUUCCUGCCAUUGGUUCUCUUCGAAGCGCACAGAAAACCAGUAGCUUAUCCAUACAACCCGACUCAGAAGAGACCCGUUUGUGGCUCUGACAUGCUGUAAGUUCUUUCAUUUGAACUGGACCUUAAUACUAUGGCUUCGUUGUAUCAGAGAUUCACCGGGAAGAUCAAUACAACCAAUUCCUUUCCGCACCCACCUGAGGCCAGCCACCUUCUGGGUGGACAGGUUGCAGACGAGGAAAACGGAGCGAAAAUCUCUCAGCAACACGCCGACGGCAGACCUCACGUUCAGCACCACAAAAAGUGUUUGCGGGAGGAUGAGGAUGACCUGGUGGGCAGUGCGCCGCCUCAGAGGAACUGGAGGGGAAUAGCGAUCGCUCUGCUGGUCAUCCUAAUCAUCUGCUCCCUGAUUGUCACUUCUGUUAUCCUGCUGACCCCUCGAGAGGAUGACAGCCUUGCCCUUAAGAAGAAAGUAACUAUAGAGGAUGUCUUUGGUCCAGACCUCCACAUCCAUGACCCAGAUGCUAAAUGGCUCAGUGACAAUGAACUGCUGUUUCGAUCAAGGAACGGGGAUGUUAUCGUGCUUAAUGUUGACACAGAGGAGCAGAAGGUCAUCGUGCCGAACCAGCUGUUUGACAGAUCCAGAGCUGCCAAAUAUCAGGUGUCCCCAGAUAUGAAACAUAUACUAUUUGCCUUUGAUGUAAAACCGAUCUACCAGCACUCCUACUUGGCCAAGUACAUUAUUUACAGCCUUGUGAAACAGGAAACUUGGUCUUUAAAUCCCCCCGAGGUGCAUGAAGCUGUCCUGCAGUUUGCUGGAUGGGGACCCCAAGACCAGCAGCUGAUCUUCAUAUUUGAAAACAACAUUUACUACAGAGCAACAGUUGAAAGUCGAUCAAUCCGCCUCGUUUCCACCGGUAAAGAGGGCGUUGUCUUCAAUGGCCUUGCUGACUGGCUGUAUGAGGAGGAGAUCCUGCAAACCCACAUAGCCCACUGGUGGUCUCCAGAUGGGCAGCGUUUGGCCUACAUGACCAUCAACGACACGCUGGUACCAAAAAUGGAAGUUCCAUUUUUUACAGGAACCCCAUAUCCCACUAGCCUGGACUAUCACUACCCAAAGGCUGGGGAAGAAAAUCCCACAGUGCACCUGUCAGUGGUGAGUGUCCAUGGGCCCCUGCACACAGUGGUGAUGAAGAAACCUGUGGACCCCCGAAUAGGGAGGGAAUAUUACAUCACCAUGGUGAAAUGGGCCACCAACACUAAACUGGCUGUCAACUGGCUGAACAGAGCCCAGAACAACUCUAUUCUGGCAUUGUGUGAGGUCACCACUGGAGUCUGCGAUAAGAAACACGAGGAUGAGAGUGAGAGCUGGUUGCAUCGACAGAAUGAACCACCACUCUUUUCCAAAGAUGGGCACAAGUUUUUCUUCACCAGGGCAAUCCCUCAGGGUGGGAGAGGAAAGUUUUUCCACAUCUCUAUGUCCACCUCCAUCGCUAACACUAGCACAGGCAUCCUUCAGUCCCUGACCACUGGAGACUGGGACGUCACCAGAAUCUUAGCCUACAAUCAUGAAAGGAGCCUCAUAUACUUUCUGAGCACAGAAGACAACCCAAAGCGGAGGCACUUAUACAGCGCUGACACAAUCUCUCCAUUCAACCGCUGCUGCCUGUCCUGUGAAUUCAAGUGUGGCUAUGUGGACGUUUCAUUCAGCCACAACAUGCAGUACUUUUUACUCAACUGCAAAGGUCCAGAUAUACCAAGUGUGGCUGUUUACAGGACUGAGGACAAACAGAAGGUGUUUGAUGUGGAGACAAAUGAAAGAGUAAACAACACAUACAACAACAUGCAGAUGCCUAAAGUGGAGAAUAGGACUAUCGUCAUAGAUGAUUACACUCUGACAAUGCAGAUCCUCAAGCCAGCCGGAUUUGUAGAUACAGCCCAAUACCCGCUGCUGCUGCUAGUAGAUGGCACGCCUGGUGGGCAGAUGGUGACGGAGCAAUUCCAGGUGGACUGGGCCACAGUUCUGGUCAGCAGCUUCAGCACCAUUGUCAUCCGCUUUGAUGGCCACGGCAGCGGCUUUCAGGGCACCAACCUGCUCCACAAGGUCCGCAGGAAGCUGGGGAAGCUGGAGGAGAGGGACCAGCUGGAGGCACUCAGGUUUAUAUCCAAAGAGCCUUACAUUGAUAAGAAUCGAAUGGGAGUUUAUGGAAAGGCCUACGGGGGAUAUUUAGCAACAAUGCUUUUGAGCUCCGAGGAGUUUACCCAACUAAAAUGUGGAGCAGCCGUCUCACCCAUCACAGAUUUUGAGCUUUAUGCAUCUGCAUUUUCAGAGCGAUACCUCGGCCCAAAGACGGCUUCUCGAGUAUAUGCAAUGGCAAAUUUAGCUCACCGAGCAGGUCAGCUGCAGGAGAAACACUACUUAAUAAUUCACCCAACUGCUGACGAAAAGGUUCACUUCCAGCACACAGCCAAAUUUAUCAACCAUUUAAUCAGUGAGAAGGCCAAUUACACUCUACAGAUCUACCCAGAUGAGGGACACUUCCUGCACAGUGAGGGGACACGGCAGCAUUUAAGUCAAUCUCUGGUCAACUUCUUUGAGGAGUGUUUCAGGGAGCCAGAAGUGCUGACAGACGACCAGCAGGAAGACAACGAGGACGAGAGUUAAACUUGAACCUUUGAGCAGCCCCGGCCAGCUACUGUACCACAGCACAAUAUGCAACAAAUCUUUCUAACCCAAAAACUCCACACCACCUGCAGUCCAAUCUAAUUUUUGCUCAAAUCUGAAGCACCUGCAUGUGCGUUCAGGGCCUCUGCCUACAUCCCCUUUCACCUCAUUCUGGCUGCUGUGGAGGAAACCAGUCAGAUGGAGGUUGAAUAAAACUCUGACGUGAAGAGUCUUAUCUCUCUCUGAGGAAAUGGAGUUGUACUCCCUCUGGUGGACAAAUAGAGGAUCAACACAUAACCAUUUAGCAACUCGCCUCCAGUCCCAAACAGGCACAUUUUAAACAAGCGUUCAGCAGCACAAAAUAUUCCAGUGUGAAGAUAAGCUCAUUAUGUUGACUAUUUAAACUAUUAAAAGGCUGCCAGUUUCUGAUAACCAACUAACUUACUGAUUAUUGUGUUUAUAAGUAUGAUUAUUGCUACAUGUUUCUCAGAAUCUCCGUUCAAUGUCUUACAGAUGUAAUAUAUGUGAGUGGAUGUCUGGCUGCAUCAGUCCUUGUGGUUGCUUUAUAGAAAAUAAAAGGCACAAUGUUUAACUUGUGUUGCACACAGAAGGUCUUAAAUGGAAUUAAAUAUUUUCUUUGUUCUAAAAAACCUAAUUUGAUGUCCUGUUGGUUUAGUCACUGUGCCUUACUGUGGGUGAAAUGUGAUCACUGGGAACCCACAUGACACUGAAAAUGAGCAAACAUGGGUGAGAAUUGUCUUAACUAAGAAAAAGCUAUGUGUAACUUGGAGCAAAGGUUCAGAGAAAAUUUCUCUAACUUUGGUAAAGGGUUAAAUAUAAAAUAAAAAGCAGGCAUCUUGUUUGAAUGAAGGUGGUAGAAUACUGACCCACAAAAGUAAACAAUAUUUAGUUAGCAAUUUCUCUAUAUUUACCAACCUUAUUGGCAACUAUGCUUAGUUUUCCAUAUUUGGUGAAUUUCUUUGCGAUGUGUGUUAUUGGCUCUUUCUUCUUCAUGUCACUUCUGUUUGUAUUGUCAGUGGUUUGUGGUCAGCAGGUGUACAAAGUGUAUAAAAACUGACAUUAAGUCUUAUGUUGUAUGUGCAACUUGUAUAUAAAGCAUUUUGACAUGUAUUCUUUGUCCUCAGUCCAUGUGUCCUUGCUGUAAACCAGAAUAGAGCAGUGUGCUGCAACAUUUUAUCCACUGUAUCACAGGAAGUGCACAGAAGUUCAAAGACCAUUUACAUUUUAACAUCCGAAUACCUGCAGAAAAGCACAUAUCUUAAAAUAAGUGAGAUGUACAGGUGCCUUUUUAUGUUCUUUCCAAGCACAUCGUCAUCACAGACAAACAGUUUUGAAGGUCUUCUUAAAAUGUUUUAAUGUCACAAAAAAAUUACUUUAAUAUUUUGCUGAUGUGGAACGGUGAGCAGUGCCUAAUUAGGCAACCUGAUCUGGCCAAUCAGAGCAGACUGCUUUUUCAGAGGAAGGUGGUAACCCUUCCCCAACAUGUUUGGUAAUUAUGGAAGCAAAUAGCACCCAAAAGUAAUAAUUGUGGGUUUUCAAGAGUCCCAGUGAGCCAUGAAGACAAGACAUUGAACACAUUAAUACUUACAAGUCAAAGAAACUCACUGAAAUGUUACCGUAACUGAUUAGGAUUACCAACUUGUGUGUAGGUCUACACCAUAGUUAAAGUCACCACUGAACACUUAAUUUACUUUAGGAAUCCACAAUUUGUGAAGUUUCACCAUUAAAAUUUAGCUUUUU